AUGGGUGUGCUCAAGUCUGUGGCCGUGUCGGGGGUAUCGUUGGCUUUGGCCUUGGCGCUGACGGUGCCCACUGGUCUCACUCGGCAUGUCUUGUUCGAGAGGUACUUCGAUCUGACGGGGUCGUCCACGUUUGUGACCGUGGCGGGAGUUACCGCCGCCACCACGUUAUCCAGCGCUAGCUCGCAGUUGUCGUCAUCGUCAUAUCGGUCCGUGUUGGCGUCGGCGAUGGUGGCGAGGUGGGGAUUACGCCUGGGCUGGUUCCUCUUCUCACGCAUCAACGCGGACAACGGGAUCGACUCGCGAUUCACAGAGCUCCGGACCGACCCGCUUCGGUUUCUGUCGCUAUGGUCUGUUCAGUCGAUGUGGGUGUUGAUUACGACCUUGCCCUUGGUCUUGUUGCAUGGAGCUAGUUUAGCUACGUCGUCGCCAGCCGCCGCCGAGUGGACAUUGACCGAUUUCGUUGGCCUGGCGUUGUGGGUGUUUGGGUUUAUCGUAGAAAUCACCGCCGAUGCGCAAAAGCGAGAGUUUCGACGCGAUUCAUCCAACCACGACAAGUUCAUUGCCACGGGACUGUGGCGGUUCAGUCGCCAUCCAAACUACUUUGGCGAAAUCAUGCUCUGGGUGGGCAUGGCCGUGCUGUGCGUCCCGCACUUGGCCACGUUUGCGCACAAGUUGCUGGGUUGCUUAUCGCCUCUCUUUGUCACGUUUCUAUUGACUCGCGUGUCUGGCAUCCCGUUGCUCGAGCAAAGCGCAGACAACAAGUGGGCAACGCACCCGGCAUAUCAAACGUAUAAAGCUACCACGAAUGUGCUGGUCCCGUGGUUUCCGAAAGCUGCUAAAUAA